AUGGGCAAAUUGCACAGGCCUCGACGCCUCGAGAUGCCUAGAUCGAACCGGCAUGUGAACCUCUGGGCCUAUCCUGUAGCUGUCAAUUCCAGAGAACGUGGAGCCGCUCAGGGACCAACGAUCGCUGCCUCCGCGGGGGACAAACCCCGUGCUAAAUCAUUUCUCACGAGCCCCAAAGUGCGCUGCAGCCGCUGGCUGUGUGGUGACCCCAAGCUUGGAGUCCGAAGCGCGAUGGACAACGGACAGCAUUCCGAGCAGCUGGUAAUCGGGAGCAACCGGGUCUCCGCCAUGAGAGCGACGCCUGCGAAUGAGCCCGCCAGAACAGCGCAAGCGGGCGGGCAGCAGCUCCAAACACAGUGCAGGGACCCAUGCCCCGGAACCGACUUCCUGAAGGCUUGGCUGCAAAGCGAGAAAUGUGGAGGCGGUUUUGCUCUCCAGGUCGACGCCUGCGAGAAGGAUGCGCUUCUUGCUUUUCUCCAGCGGAUAUCUGCAGUGUCGAUGAACCUAGCCUCCAAGUUAAGGCCUGUUGUCGCCUUUUACCCAGCUGCAGUCAGAGGACUUCUUUUUGAGGUUGCUGGCGGUUGA